GAGUCUUCUUCGUGACCUUUCACCCCAGCAUGGCUGCGCCCUUGGGACCUGUGAAGUUCUGGAAACCCGGUACAGAGGGGCCGGGCGUCAGCAUCUCUGAAGAGAGACAAAGUGUCGCUGAGAACUCUGGGACGACCAUCAUUUACAAUCCCUAUGCUGCCCUCUCCAUAGAGCAGCAACGGCAGAAACUGCCUGUGUUCAAGCUCAGGAACCACAUUUUGUACUUGGUAGAAAAUUAUCAGACCGUGGUGAUUGUUGGAGAAACUGGAUGUGGGAAGAGCACCCAGAUUCCGCAGUACCUGGCAGAAGCUGGCUGGACAGCCGAAGGACGAGUGGUUGGAGUGACCCAGCCGCGAAGAGUGGCCGCCGUGACAGUUGCAGGGAGAGUAGCUGACGAAAGGGGCGCAGUGCUGGGCCAUGAGGUGGGCUACUGCAUCCGCUUUGAUGACUGCACCGACCCGCUGGCAACCAGAAUCAAGUUCCUUACAGAUGGGAUGCUGGUCAGGGAAAUGAUGGUUGAUCCAUUGUUAACAAAAUAUAGUGUCAUCAUGCUGGACGAAGCCCACGAGAGGACCUUGUAUACAGACAUUGCCAUUGGCUUGCUGAAGAAGAUUCAGAAAAAGCGAGGGGAUCUUCGCUUGAUUGUGGCCUCAGCCACUCUGGACGCAGAGAAAUUUCGAGAUUUCUUUAACCAGAAUGAGACCAGUGACCCAGCCAGGGAUACCUGUGUGACCCUGACAGUGGAAGGGCGGACAUUUCCAGUGGAUAUCUUUUACCUACAAAGUCCUGUUCCAGAUUAUAUCAAGGCAACUGUGGACACAGUGGUGAAAAUUCACCAGACAGAGGGAGAUGGAGAUAUACUAGCCUUCCUUACUGGCCAGGAAGAAGUAGAAACUGUUGUAUCCAUGCUGAUCGAGCAGGCGCGUGCUCUGGCUCGCACUGGGAUGAAGAAACACCUUCGGGUUCUCCCCAUGUAUGCAGGACUGCCUUCUUUUGAGCAGAUGAAGGUGUUUGAAAGGGUGUCACACAGCGUCAGAAAGGUGAUUGUGGCUACCAAUGUGGCAGAAACUUCCAUCACAAUCAGUGGCAUUGUGUAUGUGAUUGACUGUGGCUUUAUGAAGCUUCGCGCCUACAACCCCAGGACAGCUAUUGAAUGCUUGGUGGUGGUACCAGUGUCUCAGGCAUCAGCCAACCAGAGGGCAGGACGUGGUGGGCGCAACCGCUCCGGAAAGUGUUACCGUCUCUAUACAGAGGAUGCCUUUGACCAGCUACCUCAGUCCACCGUCCCUGAGAUGCAGCGCAGCAAUUUGGCCCCUGUCAUCCUGCAGCUGAAAGCCCUAGGGAUCGACAAUGUCCUCAGGUUCCACUUCAUGUCUCCCCCGCCAGCACAAUCGAUGGUUCAGGCCCUGGAGUUACUCUAUGCUCUCGGAGGCCUGGACAAAGACUGUCGCCUGACAGAGCCGCUCGGCAUGAGAAUCGCGGAGUUCCCUCUGAACCCCAUGUUUGCCAAGAUGCUGUUGGAAUCAGGGAACUUUGGCUGUUCUCAGGAGGUCCUGAGCAUCGCCGCCAUGAUGCAGAUCCAGAAUGUCUUUGUUUUCCCCUCAAACCAGAAGUCUCAGGCAACUCGAGUGCACCGGAAAUUUGCUGUGGAGGAGGGUGAUCAUCUCACCAUGCUCAAUGUGUACGAAGCAUUUAUCAAACACAACAAGAGCUCCCAGUGGUGUCAGGAACAUUUCCUGAAUUACAAGGGUCUUGUCAGAGCUGCCACCGUGAGAGAACAGUUGAAAAAGCUCCUCGUCAAGUUCCAGGUGCCCAAGACGUCCAGUGAAGGUGAUCCGGAUCCCGUCCUGAAGUGCAUCGUGUCGGGCUUCUUUGCAAAUGCUGCGCGGCUUCACUCCUCUGGAGCAUAUAGGACGAUCCGCGAUGAUCAUGAGCUGCACAUCCACCCUGCCUCCGUCCUCUAUGCAGAGAAGCCACCCCGCUGGGUUAUCUACAAUGAAGUUAUACAGACCUCCAAGUAUUACAUGCGAGACGUGACUGCCAUAGAAUCUGCUUGGCUGCUGGAGCUGGCUCCACACUUUUAUCAACAAGGAACGCACCUGUCCCUGAAAGCCAAAAAGGCCAAGGUCCAGGACCAAUGAGUGGAGCUCAGCAUGUGGCUGCAGGGACGGCUUGACAUCCUCCCUCCGUGUUUCCGGCACCAGCUCAGGUGGCACAGGCAGUCGCUCAGGUGUGGACUGCGCCCUGCACAUUAGCUCCCUCUUCCUGCUCCCCUCAGCAUUUGUUAUCCUCGCUGGGACCCAAGAGGAAUCUGAGCAUGGCCAGUGUCCUGCUGCACUGCUCCUAGGCCAGGCAGGCUUUGGCUCGGCUGUGCUCUGGCCUCCAGUCCUCCCUCUCGGUAGCCAGCACACUACUCCAGCCGUCCUGGUCCUGCUCUGUGGCGGGCGAGGAGGGGAGUGAGCUGCUGGAGGCCGAAGGCUGUGUAGACAGGGCUCUCUCGCUGCCUGUGUUGGCCUGCUGUGCCCAUGGUUGUUGACUGCUGCGGUCCGCUGCUGCUCUGUGCAGCAAGUAUGGAAGGAAAUGCGGGCACGGGGCCCCAAACCAAUCAGCUUCUUCCUUUCCUCUGCCCAUGUCCCUGCUUAUCUGCAGCGGGAGACUUAGUGCCAUGAUGGUGGGCCAUGCAGGAUCACAGGCUCCGUCUUUGUUAGCAGUGGACUUAGCUUUCUCUCAGAGCACGAUGCCACAUUCUGGUGCCAGUGUCUGGGCGCCAGGGAAAGUUCAUCAGCCUCGACCCCACGGGACUCCUCUUUAGCAGGAACCCACUACAGUUUAGACACCCUAAACUUGUGUAGCUCAGGAAUAUAACUCUUGUAUAUUUAUCUUUGUUCGUUUGCUUGCAUUUUUGCAAGAUCACGGGCAGCUCCCCCGGGCACUGUUCAUACUCAGCAGGGCUGCUUUGCUGCGACAGUGGUGGCACUCCAGCACACGGCAAGACAGACUUCUCCCCUACUGUCUCAGCCAUGUUUAUUUUAAAAGCGUAGCUUAAAAGUUUAUUUUUGUACUGGUUUUAGUUUGGACGUGCCACUUUGGCGCCAAACCUCUGUCAUUUUUAUUUCCAUUUUAUAAGUGGUACGUUGUUAAUCAUAAUAAUAAAUCUUUCUACCUGA